AUGUCCGAACGAAAAGUGUUGACGAAAUACUACCCUCCCGACUUCGAUCCACGACAGAUCCAGCGAGUUCGUGGUCCCAAAAAUGCCGGUCCCAGAAUCCAAGUCGUACGGCUGAUGGCGCCGUUCAGUAUGAAGUGCACGACAUGUGGCGAAUACAUUUAUAAAGGCCGCAAAUUCAACGCGCGCAAGGAGACGCCCGACGAAAAGUACCUAGGCAUCCAGAUCUUCCGCUUCUACAUCCGGUGUACCCGCUGCAGCGCCGAGAUCACCUUCAAGACGGAUCCAAAGAACCAGGACUACGCAUGCGAGCGCGGCGCCAAGCGCAAUACGGAGCCGUGGGCACGGGGGCCUGAAGAGACGGACGAGGAACGGUUGGACCGGCUCGAAAAGGAGGAAGAAGAGCGCAAUGCUAUGGUCGAGCUCGAGGCCAAGACCGUUGACGCCAAACGAGAGAUGGCGGUCGCCGACGCGCUCGAUGAAAUUCGCACGCGCAAUGCGCGGCUGGAGAGGGCAGAUAUGUACGGUGCUGAAGUCGCGCUUGCGAUGCCCGAGGACGACGAGGCGGCCAGGAUAGAGAAGGAGGAUGCCGAGGCAGCAAAGAGGGCGUUUGCGUUUGCGCGUCAG